UUCCAACUUUCAUAAAUAUGGAGUAAUUGAUUUUGAAAAUUUGGAUGGCAAAAAAUCUCACGCAUUUACUGAAUUAUAUAAUAAUUCAAAACUGAUGAUCAAUUUAUAUAGUAAUGAACUUAAUCGUCGUUUAAAAGAAUCAACAACAAACAUUGUGAAUCAAGAUCAGUUAAGCAACUUUGGAAAGAUUUUGAGAAAUAUGGAAUUAUUAUGCUUUGCAAAAUCACCAGAAGUAGGAUGU